CAGUAGUGUUUACAUCUGAACGAUGUUGGUACGUUCAAAAUGGCUGCCUCCAUGUAAAGUAUGUGACACGCUUCUCUCCGUAGUUUUCCGUGUGUAUCUCCGCCGUCCGGAAAUUAAGUGAAAAUCAAGGUUUUACCGAGAUCGACGAUUAUAUUUCAAACUGUCGUUGUGGUUUCAAAAUCACGAACUAAUAAUAUUUUGUCCCGACACCAACGAAGGAAUCCUUGAAAGUCACCAUGUCUUUGUCGAGACGUGACGUAGAACAGUUGAAGCCAUGGCUGGACAAGACAGUGAAAAAAGUAUUGGGGUUCUCCGAACCGACAGUUGUAACCGCCGCGUUGAAUUGUGUAUCAAAAGGAAUGGACGAACAGAAGACAGUUGAUAAUUUAAAGCCUUUUUUAGAUGAAUCCGCACCCAAAUUUGUGAAACAAUUAUAUAAUGCUGUCGGAGAAAUAAAAGCAAGCAACAGGCAAAGAAAAAGAGCAGUAAAGGCACAGCAGGAUGAUGGGGAUGAGGUACGAGUGAAGAAAGCUAAAUUACCAAUGAAUAUUGAGGAAGAACCCAAUAUACCAGUAUUGAAUUCACAACCUAGUCCGGGUCAGUUAACAGAACAAGGAAUCAAAGAAAUGAUGGCCAAUGCAAGGAGAGCUAUAGAAGCUAGGAAAGAACAGCUGACAGGUUUGGCCCCAGGGUCCAUGUCAGUACAGUCCAUGAUGCCUCAGGCUCAGUCACAAGCCUUGAUGAAUGAAGCUUUAGAAAAAGCCAGGAAAGCUGCUGAAAUCCAGGCAAGAAUUCAGGCUACUCUUAACAGGCAACCUGGUUUGUUACCGGGGAAUAUACCAGGAAUUAGAAUGAUACCAGGUCAGCCUUCAAAACCAACACCAUUGAUUUUAGAUGACCAAGGAAGGACUGUUGAUGCUACUGGUAAAGCAAUUCAACUGACACAAAGGAUGCCAACAUUGAAGGCCAAUAUCAGAGCCAAAAAACGACAGGAAUUCAAACUGGUGCAAGAAAAAGCUGUGGAUGUCUUCAAUGAAUCUAGUCAAUUCUAUGAUCCAAGAGUCUUUGCAGCGCCCUCAGGUAGAGCCAAGAGGCAAUUCAAGUUUCAUGACCAGGGUAAAUUUGAACAGAUUGCUCAAAGAGUUCGAGCCAAGUCUCAGUUAGAACGUCUUCAACAGGAAAUUGCACAAGCAGCCAAGAAGACUGGUAUUUCAUGUGCCACUAAGCUAGCUUUGAUUGUGCCAAAAAAACAAGUGGCUGAGGAAGAGAUCCCUGAAGUGGAAUGGUGGGAUGCUUUUAUAUUGCCUUCUGACAGUUAUAAAGAUGUUCACAGUAAAACAGAUUCAGAUGGAAAAAAAAAUGAAAAAUAUACCGGAAUAACCAGUUUAAUAGAGCAUCCAGCACAGAUGAGGCCGCCAGAUGAACCAAUGAAGCCGGUUGAACAACCCAUAUUCCUCACUAAAAAAGAGAGAAAGAAAUUAAGAAGACAAGGUAGAAGGGAAGGACAGAGGGAAACAACCGAGAAAAUAAGGCUUGGUUUGGAACCACCACCUGAACCCAAAGUAAGACUGGCUAAUUUGAUGAGAGUACUUGGAAAUGAAGCCGUACAAGAUCCUACUAAAGUAGAAGCACAUGUCAGAGCACAGAUGGCAAAAAGACAAAAAGCUCACGAAGAAGCUAACCAAGCAAGAAAACUCACAGCUGAACAGAAAAGUGCCAAGAAGCUUAAGAAGAUUACUGAGGACACAUCCUGUGGGGUUCAUACAUCAGUUUACAGAAUACGAGAUUUACAGAAUCCUUCUAGAAAAUUUAAAAUCGAAGCCAACUGUAAUCAGCUGCAUAUGACUGGUUUUGUAGUGUUAUAUCGAGAUGUUAAUGUGGUGGUUGUUGAAGGAGGUCCAAAGCAACAGAGAAAGUUUAAAAGGCUAAUGUUACAGCGAAUAAAAUGGAAUGAUGAUAAGAGAAGCAAAGAUGACGAUGACGAUGACGAUUCUGAUGACGAAAGGGAAAAGAAAGGAAAUAAAUGCUGCUUAGUGUGGGAAGGAAUGAAUAAAAACAGAGCAUUUGGCGAUAUUAAAUUCAAAGCUUGCCCUACAGAGAGAAUUGCAAAAGAACAGUUCCGUAAUCACGGUGUUGAACAUUAUUGGGAUUUAGCAAACAGUGAGGCCAUUAUUGAAGCUUCGGAAGAUUAGCCUCUCACCCCUACAUAGUGAAUGGAACAACCCUGAAUAUGAAAUGAACUCUGGAACAAGCCUUACAUCAUCUUGAAUAUAUCUGUGUAUUCACUAUGGACUUGUGUGAAGUGUUAUAUCUUUGAACCUGACAUAUGUGAGACAGCUAAUUAGUGGUCGGACUGGUACCAUCAAUGGCCUGCCGCCUACUAUAUCCCAUUGUCCAAGUUCCCAGUUUUUGGCAACGUCAACAUCAGUCUGCAUUCUGAUGGAAUUGAUUUUUUUUUAUUUCAUGGAUUUGGAUCAUUUUGAAAACCUUGUAAUGACAUUGGGUGUGGAUAGAUCACUUGCACUGGUACCAAAAAACAUUAUUUGUGCCCAUUUGAUCGCAGUCCAAUAAUAGGGACUUGCGGACUGAUCAAAUUAUAUCUUGGGAUACAUUCAUUUCCAGAUCAAAUUCAAAAUGGCUGGCUGGUUGCCAUUUUGUUAAGAUUGCUAUUCUCGACUGAUUGUGUAAAUCAUACAGCAUGUUCCACAAAUGUAUUUGUUUGAUGAUCCAAAUCUAAAUAGCUGAAUGGCGGCCAUUUUAAUGUUAAAAAUUCAUCAAACUCUAGCAUUUCUGAAAUUCCAGAACUAGGAUCUUUGUCUGGCAUGGACAAAACUUCGAACUGUGAUGCACAUCAUUCUGUUUUUUAGAUCAGAUUCAAAAUGGCCGACGGAUUUCCAUUUUGUUUUUAAAUUAAGUUCUGAAGCCAUACCUGUGACAUGCCCUGACCGUUUAUGUUAAAAUAUAACAACUCACGAAAACUAUGUAAUGCAAAUACUUGUCACAUACAAAUGUAGACAGUUCCAUGUAAACAACUUGGUCAUCCAGAAUAGUGGAUGUAAUGAUGAAUUUACCCGACUUGACCAAUAGGUGUUGGCUAUCAUUAAAACACAAACGCUGUCAUUGUCAUUUCAAAACUAAAAUGACAAACUUGUGUAAUAACAAACAGUAUGUACAUUCAUCAUGGGCCAUAUUUUGCUGAACUUUUUUGCUCUCACCCCAACGUCACCGAUUCUAUGUAAGUUACUGGUAAUCUUAAAGGGGAACCGCUCAAUUCCAUGGAUUGCACCACGUGCUCAUCGGUGAUUAACUUCACCUCUGUCCACUAAGUAAAUGAAUGCUUAUUAUGCUCGCUUACACAAACUGUGAUUGACAGGCAUUUUGCAUACAUUAGCCGCCAUUUUAAACUCAGGAUUUGUACUUGUCACGGCACGUUUCGACCGAAAGCUACUACAUGUAUACAUCAAAAGCCCAACCAGAUGAGUGUAAUCGCUAGCGUACAUAUUCAUGCCUCCGUAGAAAUGUAUUUGGAAUCACAGCUUGAUCUCUAAACAUCGUAAAUAGCACAUUUCCUGGAGCUCCCGCCAUGAUGUGAGCGGCUUGGUUUGGAUUAGCAUACUAAUUUCGGUGGCCAUCUUGCCCCUAUUUAUAGUAUCGGUUCCCCUUUAAAAAUAUACCCUAUAUUUUUUGGUCCAGAUAUAUGACUGCUUCAUCAGUAAAUGAGUGAUUCAUAGCAGUAUUUUUUUUUUUUCACAAACUGCAAUGAGAAGAUUACAGUGUUACAUCAUGGAUGCAGAUUUAUAUACUUUCAUUGUUUUAAUAGCAGAGUUACACUUUCUCUAGUUGCUAGGCUACCAUGUUUGUCUCGCACACAAAAACCUCUGGUCAUCAACAAGAAUAUGUUGUUUGACGUCAAGAUUUUUUGUGUUUCCCAGUUUUGUACCAAACAUAUUAGUUUUGCAUUGUAUAGGCAUACAGGCCGCUUUUUGAAUGUUCAUAAAGUCAAUGUCAAGGGUGUAAUAUCUUGCGUAAAUUGUCAAGUCUUACAAAAUUAUUACGAAUUACACAAUCACAAGACAAGCCAAAUUAGGGACAACAUCAACAGUUCAAUGUAGGGUAAAAAAACUUAAUACCUUUAGUUGUUUGUUUUCAUCUCUUUUUGGUAUGGUCCAUGCAAAGUGUGUAAUUUUAUGUUUAGAAAUGCAGUAAUAUCUCUCAUCACCUACUGCAUUCUGGGACACCAUUGGUUAAAAAACAAGUUUAAUUGACGCACAUGGAAUUGGUAUCACUUUCAAGCCAUAAGAAUUUGCAUCUCCGUGGGAUGUUCAUUGCAUAUUACUGUUCAUGGUUAUGAAAGAUGCAUACCCUUGUUAUUCCUUUACGAAAAAUAACUUACUGAUGAGCAUGACGUGUGAAUUCAUAAAUUCUUGGUAUCUGCAUUAUCUCUGAUCAAACUUAGCUUGACUGGUUAAAGGGUUCUGAAAAUUCACCCAUGACCCCUCCCCCUCUCUAAAUCUGUGCAUGCCUUGAAAUGCAACAGAAUGUAAAACUCAAAAUAUUGUCUGUAAUAGUUUCUAUGCAUAUUUUUGCACAAUGUGUUUUGGUAUUUCCCCAGUAAUGUGUUCAAUCCUACCAUCAGGUACUUGUGAUGUAAUCUUCCAUCUAUUGGUACACUCUACUAUGUACGAGUUAAUACAGGUUAUUGUAAUAAAAAAAACAAAAAAUUA